AUGGCCUCACUCUUCUUCAUCCUAACCCUCCUAAGCUUUCAUGCUUCCAUCUCUCAUGCAAAUUACUAUAAUACCCCUACACCCAAUAAAAUCUUGAACACUGUCUCUCAUGCAAAUUACUAUAAUGCCCCUACACCUACUACCCCUAAGAAAAUCUUGAAUACCAUCGAUGCAUGCUGGCGGAGAUCCUCGAACUGGGCUUCUAAUCGUCGUGCAUUGGCCGAUUGUACCAUUGGUUUUGGCAAAGGUGCCAUUGGAGGCAAAAAUGGUGCAAUAUAUGUGGUUACGAAUCCUUCUGAUGAUCCCAUAAACCCUAAACCAGGUACCCUUCGUUAUGGGGUUAUUCAAACGAAACCCUUGUGGAUUAUAUUUGCUAAAGAUAUGGUCAUCAAUCUCAAAAACGAGCUUAUCAUGAAUAGCUUCAAGACCAUUGAUGGGAGAGGGGCAAAAGUGGAAAUUGCUAAUGGGCCAUGUAUAACUAUACAAGAUGUGAGCCAUGUGAUCAUCCAUGGUAUUAGCAUUCAUGAUUGUAAGCCAGGGAAACAAGGGCUUGUGAGAAGCACUAUGGCCCACUUGGGUCACCGUGGUGGGUCCGACGGCGAUGCCAUCGAUAUAUUCCGGUCGACAUACGUGUGGAUCGACCAUUGCUUCCUGGCUCGAGCCACUGACGGGCUCAUUGAUGUUAUUCAUGCUUCGACUUUCAUCACGAUCUCAAAUAACUUCUUUUCUCAACAUGAUAAGGUUAUGUUAUUCGGUCACAAUGACAAAAAUAUUGAAGACAAAAUCAUGAAAGUUACCGUGGUUUUCAACCAUUUUGGCCCGGGUCUCGUUCAAAGGAUGCCAAGGGUAAGGCUCGGUUAUGCACAUGUGGCGAACAAUAAGUACGACGAAUGGAAGAUGUAUGCGGUUGGUGGAAGCGCAAAUCCAACGAUAUUAAGUGAAGGGAACUACUAUAUGGCUGCAAAAAGCGCAACAACCAAAGAGGUAAAAUCUAGAAAGAUUAUUAAUAAAGGUUGGAAGAAUUGGAAAUGGAGAUCUUCGAGAGAUGUUUUUCUUGACGGGGCGUAUUUCAUUCCAUCGGGAUGGGGAAGUUGUUCGCCUGGUUACACACGAGCACAAGCUUUCCCGGUUGCGAAUGGGUAUCUAGUACCAUCUCUUACGGCCGAUGCAGGACCUCUACGUUGCACCAAAUACCGACCGUGUUAACUCUCUUGAUGUAUAACUUUCGAUUCGGUUUUCUUGGUUGUAUAACAAUUUUUAAAGAUCGUUAUGAGCUACUUUGACAUUUUUUUUCAUUUGAGGGGCUAGAAGUGUUCACGACGAAGUGUGAACCUCGACCCUUCCAUUUGCUUCCUAAACUGGAUUUUUUCAGUUUU